AUGGCUGGCUGCUGGAGCCUGUUCGCUGGUCUGCUGCUCAUUCACUCAACGACUACAUUCAAACUGGUGUGCCACUUUUCCAACUGGUCCCAGUACACAACGGGAUUAGGAAAGUUUAUAGUGGAGAACAUAGACCCCUUCCUGUGCACACAUGUGGUAUAUGACUUUGCUGUUAUCAACCACGACAACCAGCUCACAGAAAAUGAGUGGGCCGAGGAGAGCGUCUACCAGGAAUUAGCUGGACUUAAAAACAAAAACUCUGAGCUUAAGACUAUGCUAUCAGUGCGAGAGCUGAGCACCAAUGACCCACAGUUUUCUGAAAUGGUGUCCAGUGCAGCCAGUCGUCAGACCUUCGUCCAGUCGGCAGUCACUUUUCUGAGGGCGCAUGAGUUUGAUGGUCUGGACUUGGACUGGGGUCAUCCUGGAAACAAUAAACAUAAGUUCACUCAGCUCUUUAAGGAUCUGCAGCAGGCUUUUGAGAAUGAGAGCAUUGGAACAGAAAGACCCAGACUGAUGCUGUCUGCUUCCCUGACCCCAAAAACAGAUGUUAUCUCCCUUGAGCAUUAUGAAGUCACAGAGUUAAUAAAAAUUGUGGACUUCAUCAGUGUGAAAACGUUUGAUCUCGGUGGUGGUACAGUAACAGCCCAUCACAGUCCACUCUUCGGCAGUAACAAAGCCAACAUAGAUUUUAUCACACAGAACUUGCUGGACCAAGAGAUUCCUGCACAGAAGUUGUUGCUAGGGUUCCCUGCUUAUGCCCGUUCAUACACACUCUCCACUCAGGUGUCCAGUCCUGGAGCUCCUGUGAGCGGACUAGCCUAUCCUGGCCCAUUCACUCAAGAGAUGGGCUUCUGGUCUCACUAUGAGACGUGUGCCUUCUUACACGGGGCAUCAGCCAACUGGAUUGACAAACAGUACGUGCCUUAUGCAGUCAAAAACAAUCAGUGGGUGGGCUUUGACAACCAGCAGAGCUAUGGUGCAAAGGUGACUUACCUAAUGACUCAGCAUUUGGGAGGGGCUGCUGUGUGGAGUCUGAACUUGGAUGACUUCACUGGUCACUUCUGUGGUCAAGGCAAAUACCCUCUGAUAUCUCAAUUGAAAGCAGAACUGAGUAGAGAAUCAAAUAACACAAGUACUGUUGAACCCCAAAACCCCAAAACCACGAGCAGCCCACACAGCUUCAUCAGCCCAGCAAAGGACAGCAGCAGUGGAAUGGUGGACCCCAGCUGCAUCAACAACAUCACAGUGGUGCACCCAGACCCCAGUCUAUGCAUGGACAAGGCAGACGGGAGCUACCAAAGCAAACAAGACCCCCCCCUCACUUAUGUCUGUACCCAAGGAAAACCAUAUGUGACAGAAUGUCCCACAGUGCACAGCCGGAGCAACGCAGCAUCAUCAGGUGGGCUCCUGCUCAACCUUCUCCUCCCCAGCAUACUCUAUGGUUGCUACAUGUACAGGUGAUUUUUACAAUGGCUUGACUGGAGAAACUACUGGAAAACAAUUCUUAUUUAUUGUCAUUUUUGUUUUUGUCUGGUUAGUUUACAGAGUUGUUUCAUUUCACAAAAGUGCAUAAUUGUGUUCAUAUGAUAUCACAACAGGAAAAAAACUUUUUUUUUCUUGG